ACUUCACAUGGACCGAUGUUCUUCAGACUCUGCAGCCGGAGGGAAUCCCGAUCGUAUCACCUGCAUCAUGGCUCAGAAAAACACGUCUGGAGCGAAUCCCAUCCCCAGACUGGUUGUCAAGAUCGUAGGCAGCAAACAGGUCAAGCAGUUUAUCGAGGAGCCCCGACAAGAUUCUGGAGACGUGUCAGAGAGGGAAGACAGUCGUCCAGUUGAGGCUGCAUGCGAUGGUGAUUUCAAGAAACCUCCAGAAAAACAGGUUGUGAUGGUGUCCAGCUCUGACAGGAAGGUGGAGAACAGAGUGGACUCUGCACUUUGGGCUGUCAUACAGCAGGCUCCUGACAGACGGUGUGUGACGGCGCCCUCUGGUGAUCGCUCCAGGUCCUACAUCCACCCGAGGACUCCUCACAGCUGUGACCCGAGAGCAGCUGAAGUUCUGGAGAUAUCAGAGGAGAAAGGUGUGUCUGAGGAAGCAGAUAAGGCCGAGCUUUCCUCGGCUGUCAGAGAGGAGCUGUCUGAUUGGCAGCUCUGCUCUCUGAGAUCAGCAGAGGACGAAGUGGCAGCUCUCGAUCUCACCUUCAGCGGGACGCUGCAUCGAUCUGAGAUCACUCACCUGUUUCUGAAACAUCAUGUUCCUCUGAAGCUACCAACAUUUUCUCUGCUUCUCCAAAUGUUUUCUGGUACAAAUGAUCCAGAACAGAUUCAUUACAGAAAUCUCUUGCAAUUCGUUAGAAGUUCUGCAUUCCCUGAUGAACUCCACAAAGUCAGUGAGCUCCAGUCGACCUGAACAAGGACAAAGCUUCUUCACGACUAUCGCAUCGUAAAUCUGAGCACGCUGAGAAUCGAUGAGGCGACAGAAACCAGAGCCAAACUCCUCUGGCCACAGCUCAGAGGACGAGAAUUCAUUAUAGAACAGAAAUUAUUGUGCAUCACUGAGAAGAAUAGUCUUCCUAUAUCAUAUAUACGAUUAUCACAUUACAUUCAUUUGGCACACAUUUGCUUGCUGUCCUUUUCUCUCUGCGCUGGCCUGCUCAUCGGUGUCAGAUGAUACUCGAGAAGUAAUGACCGAUCCACCACACAGUCAAUCGUCUAUUAAUUUACACACAGAGUGGAUGAAAUGUCAAAGGCAAGCCUGCAGAAAUGUGGACUUUCACUGGAAAGUGGCCAUAAAAGCGUUUAAAAAUAUCUGUGAAGGAAACCUCGUGCACAUGAUGAUUUGACAGUGAAAU